AUGGUAGAAAGAAAGUGUAGAGGAGGAAAGGGGAGAGGAGCCAGAGAGCAGGGAGGAGUAACGGAGAGAGAGGGGCAUAGAGAGAAGGGAGGGGAGCGAGCGGGAGACGCUCUCUCCUCCACACUCAGUCCCAUUUGUAGCAGCUGUGCUGCUGUCAGUCCUGGAAUGUAAGCACUGCCGUCAGGAGUCAGACGUUCCGCCGCUAAGCACCACGCAGGAGCACGGCUCUGCACGCUCACCCGCGGAUGCUAAGCUGCAGGAACCACAAGGAAUCCAAACGGACCUUUAAGUAAAGGAAUACAAUGCUUGUUCUGAUGAGGCUACCUUCCAGUGCUUAUCCUCUCAGAAGCUUAUUUCCAUAAUUCAAAAGUCAUUCCGGACGUCUCCCGACUGAUUGGAUACCAUGAUAAGCAAUCAGGCUCUGCUCCUUCUGAUGCUCUCCAACCUGUGGCCGACUAUGGCCCUUCCUUUCACGCCUGGGAAUAUUGGGAAUCUGUUUGGAAUGCCAGAGAGUGACGGGAGGAUUCUCCAGCGUUCCAAACGGGGAUGGAUGUGGAAUCAAUUCUUUCUGCUUGAGGAAUACACCGGAAAUGACCAUCAAUACGUCGGCAAGCUGCACACAAACGUGGACAAAGGUGACGGUACUGUGAAGUACGUCCUCACCGGAGAGGGGGCAGGCACUCUGUUUCUCAUCGAUGAGAAGUCUGGAGACAUUCACGCCACCAAGAGGCUGGACAGAGAAGAGAAAGCCAUGUACACGCUACACGCUAAGGUCUUGAACAAAAACACCAACGAAGAACUGGAGCCUGACACUGAAUUCAACAUAAAAAUUCACGACAUCAAUGACAACGCACCAAAGUUUGCAAGGGAAAUCUACUUCGCCAGCGUCCCUGAAAUGUCUGAAGUUGGAACGUCUGUUGCCACUGUAACUGCUACUGAUGCCGAUGAUCAGACAUAUGGGAACAGUGCCAAGCUGGUGUACAGCAUUCUACAGGGACAGCCCUACUUCUCUGUGGACUCUGAAAACGGUGAGACGAACUCUGGGAUAGCUGAAUAUUAUCAUACAUUACCGUUUUUUUCACUGCAACAGAAAAUAAUUUAAUCAGAUUUUCAAGGUAAGAUCUUAUAAGAAACAUUUGAUGGACCAGCUGCAACUUUUGGAAACCAGUUAGAAAUACACACACACAUACUUUUAAUCUAAAUUACAUUAAAUUGGUAUUUUUGGGCCUAAUUGUAUUAAUUACAAAAAAAAUCAAUAGUUAGAACACUUGAGACUAAUUGACUCUUGCAGUUGGUUUGCAUUAAUGUUAUAGGCAUCCAAGACCCAUCCAGAUGCAUUUAAAUCUAAUAGAUUGUGACACUAUGAUACAGUUUUUCCUCAAUUGCUUUGGUGCAUUUCUCACAACAGAAUUGAUCUCUGCACUACUAUUAAGGCUUUUCUCAAAACAAUUAGUGCAAACUGCAAAACAUGGAGGAUAACUUGCAAAAGUGAGUCACUUCAUCAAAAAGAAAAGUCGGUUGUUCAAAAUAAGUAGUCAAUGCUUCAAAAGCAAGUCUCUUAAUCAAAACAGAUAAUAUAUUCAUCAAAAGCAAGUACUUAUAUCAAUCAAAGUGUCAGGGCUGUCACAAUUAUAAGUCAUUACACCAGCACCUUUGGUCACAAAAUCAAAUGGUUUAAACUAGUGUUGUCAAAAAAAUCGAUACCUAGAUAUAAAUAGAUACUAAAAGUGGUAUCUAAAUUAGAUAUUCCAUCCCUGUGGUAUCGAUAUUAUGGACUAUUAGUUGUUCAAAAGUACAGAACAAAACAUAUGGCAUAACAGCCUAUGACAAAAAUGCACCUUAAACAGAGUUUAAGCAGCAAAACAUCACUCUGCAAAUAGUGUAUAUAUAGUGAGACAAUUCAUGAUUUAAAGUGUUAACUUUCACCAAUUUUUGUAUGCACGUUUUAAAAAAUGCUGAUACUUGAAAGGUUUAAGCACUUAAUACACUCAAUUCUUAACAUUUAAUUUUUGCAAUAUAAAUUGAGGAAUGUUAUUUUUUGAAUAAACUUGUUCAAUAAAUUGGUGUUUUUAAAUAGUAUCGAAAUCGAAUAUCAAGUUUUUUUUCAAGUAUCGAAUCGAGUUUGAAAUUUUAGUAUCGUGACAACCCUAGUUUGAAGAUGUUCUCGUUGUGACGGAUUUCUUUGUAGGUGCUUCCCAAUGACAUGUCAAGUCUGGACAGCAUGCAUGGCAUGUUGAAAACCAUAAAUUGGAAAGGAAAAUCAAGACACUUCACAUGCACUCUUGAUAAUAUUUAACUGAAACUGUUCACAGCAUUGUGCAACUGGGGAAAUACAGUAAAACAAACAGUUUACAGCAAACAUAAA